UAUCAUUAUGGAUUUUAAGACAUGGAUUGAAUAAAAGGCAACAAAGACAUUCAUUAUAAUCAUUGUUAUUUAAAUGGCUUAUUUAGUUAGUAUAUUCUUAGCCGAUGUUAUCGUGAGUAUUUUUAAUGCAAAUUAAUAUAGAUCAAUAAUAAAAAAAAAAUCCUAAUCAAUCUUAUGAUAUUUGUGAUUGGAGUAUAGAUGAUUAUUACAAAUGGUCAGUGCUUUUUUUAUUUUAAAUCGGUGAUUGUUACUAUGUAUUUAAUGCGGUAAUAAAAAUGAUUUUAUUGUAAGAUUUACAAAUCAAAUGUUUUGGAGUUAUUUGCCUACAUAAUAAUAUAAUUAAUAACCUUUAUGUGUACAUUUGCAAGAUUUUUUCGACCUAGUUCAUACUUCUAAAAUCCUGAGACUGAUAAUGGAAAUAAAGUAUUAGCAGUAUUCGAUUAUAUUUACUUGUUAUAUUCAUUUUGUAUAUUUGUUUUGACUAUUGUUUGCUAUAAACCUUUUUAUGAAGUUUUUGUUUACAGAAAUAUUAUGAAAGUUGGAGCAUCACUAGAAAGAUAAAGUAUAUUUAAAUAAUAAUUGAUUAUUAGAAAUAUUCAGAAACUACUCUAAUUUUAGUGCAUUUAUGAAAUUGUAUUUUUUAAUAUCCUUAAGUACAUUUUUAACAUUUUUCUUUUUCUUUGAUGUAACAUAUUGGUACCUCUAUUUAAUUGAUUCAUUUGUAAUUCUAUUUUAAAUUGCAAGUAUUGUGAUUGGAUACAUGGCUGUAUUAUAUAAUUUUAAUAGAUUUAGUUAAGAGAUGAAAAUGUAUAAAAAUUCUGGACCUAUAUUGCAAUGAUAGUUUUGGUACAAGUCUACAUUCUAACCAAAACAGUAUAUUAUAUGAUAUAUUACUAUAAUAAAAAAAAUAGUAUUAACAAUGAUGAUUGUUUAACAUAUGCAGAUAAUCCUUAUGGAGAUACUUAUACUGUGAUAAUAGUUAUUGGAACAACCUUUGCAUGUUUAAUAAUAAUGUUAUUUGAUGUUUAUUAUGCAAUAUAAUGUAAAAUUGGAUUUGGAAAUGGUUUAAAAGAGGCAUUAAAGAGUUCAAUAUCAGAGCAAGGAUAGGAAUUAGGAGAGAGUAGUUUUAACUCAUAAAAAUGA